AUGUUAAAUUCCAAGAAGCUAAUUAAAUCAAAUCAGCUAACUGAAUUAAAUAAUUUUCUACUCUAAGUAAAGCAAGCAUUUAUUACAGAUGUACAACAUAAAUAGAUUAAAUAAAGGAUUUCUAGUUCACAAAUGAACCUGUUAAUAUAAAUGAUAACAAAUUUCCAUUAUAAGAAAUAAUUGAAAAUAAUGUACCUUAAAUAAAGUAGGAUUAAAUAAAAUUACCAAUAUAAAUGCCUUAGGAUGAUAUCUAGAAUCUACUCCAAGGUUUAACAACUCUACUAGAAAAAAAUCUAUAAGAAUCCCAUAAUUUGUAUGAAAUAUUCUAAUCGAAUAAGUAAUUUAAUAGUAGGGCUUAAGAUUCAAAUUCUUCUUUGAAAUAUUAAAAAGAUGAAAAUGUAGAUGAACUGCAAGAAGAUAUUAAAUAAAAUGAAAUAAGAUUAUUGUAAAUGCAAAAUUCUAGAUUAUUGAGUAAAAUUGAGUCAUUAAAUGAACAAAUUACUUAAUUUGAAUAAGAUUUACAUGAAAAUUCUUAAGAAUAUCGCUAAUUAAUUAGUCUUAUUAAUUCUACAUAUUGCAUCUAAAAAAUUUAAUAUAUAGUUUAAUAAUUAGAUAGAAAUCCAAUUUUAGGAAAAGCUAAUGAUGAAGAAAUAGAAUAAGGAGUUUUUGUUAUUGUUGAUGAUUAAAUAAUUUUAUCUCCUUCAUAUUUAGAUGAAAAUAAAAUAAUAUUGAAUGUUUCAUAGAUUAUUGAUGUCACUUAUAAAAAUGACUUUUAGAUAGUUAUUCAUUAUAAAGAGGGUAAAUUAAUUUUAAUAAUGGAAAAUUAACAAGAUUUUGCUAAAAUAGAUUUAUGUCUAUGGUCAAUUAUGAGAAAAAAUGUCUGUUUAAAUUAAGAGUAUUAUAAUGUUAAUUUAAUUAGUAAAUUAUUCCAAAACAGUUUAUUUGAACGACCUUUCAGAUAAGAAAUUAGUAUAGACUAUAAGAAAUUAAAAGAGUAAUUAUCCAGUAUAAUUCCAUAGAUGGAAUAGGAUUAGAAAUAAUAAUAAUAAUAAUUAUUCACUUUAAAUAUCAAAAAUUCUGAUCAUUUUACUGAAGCUUAAUAAAAUAGUAAUAUAUAAAUGCAAUCUCAUUAAUCUCCUGAAUUAAGAGGAACUUAAACAAAACAAAUGGUUUAAAUUAAUUAAUAAACAAAAUUAUAACAUGCUCUACUUUAAUUAAAAUAAGGCUUUUGCAUGAUUAAAUAUUCAGAAGGUUAAAGAAAACCAAAUAUUAAAAUAAUUUAUUUGACAGAAAAUGAAUAAUAUAUAAAAUGGAAGGAUGAAUUAUAACCAUUUGAUUAAAAGAAUACAUCAGAGAAAAAAUCAAUCUAAAUUUCAUAAAUUAAGGAAAUAAAAGAUAUUGCUAAAGGAUCAGGUUUUGAUAAGUUUAAGAAAUAUCGCUAAGGCAAAGAAUCAUUAGGAAUUACUAUUAUUGCCAAGAGAAAUUUAGAGUUGGAUGCUCCAAAAUAAGAAAUUAAGGAUUUAUUUUUAGAAUGUUUAAGAAUUUUAUUAGAAAACAAAUAAAAUAAUAAAUUAGAACAGAAAAACAGAAAAUGA